UCCACGCGCACCGCACCACCCCCGGGUCCCGGCAACGGCAAGAGGGAAGCGCCCGAAUUCCCCCCAACAAGAAGAGCACGCGCGUAUAAAUCCACACGCCUCCGCCCGGCGGCACACCACCCCGCGCCGGCCGAAUCGCGGACUGCUCUUCUCCCCCACCUCAAGGCCACGAUCCCCUCUCUCUCUGCUGCCUCUGGGUCCGGGCCUCUGGAGGGUGGCCGCCAUGGAGGUGUUCUACUACGUGGUGUUCGGGGCGCUGGCGGCCGUGGUGGCGGGGCUGGAGCUCGGCAAGAGCGGCAAGGACAGGGUCGCCACCACCACCGCCUUCAACGCCUUCAAGAACAACUACGUCCUCGUCUACUCCCUCAUGAUGUCCGGGGACUGGCUGCAAGGGCCCUACGUCUACUACCUCUACAGCCAGUACGGCUUCGACAAGGGCGACAUCGGCCGCCUCUUCAUCGCCGGCUUCGGAUCCUCCAUGCUCUUCGGCACCAUCGUCGGCUCCCUCGCCGACAAGCAGGGCCGCAAGAGGGCGUGCAUCACCUACUGCAUCACCUACAUCCUCAGCUGCAUCACCAAGCACUCCCCCGAGUACAGGGUCCUCAUGGUCGGCCGCGUGCUCGGCGGCAUCGCCACCUCGCUGCUCUUCUCCGCCUUCGAGUCAUGGCUCGUCGCUGAGCACAACAAGAGAGGCUAUGACCCGCAAUGGUUGUCGAUCACAUUCUCCAAGGCUAUAUUUCUGGGAAAUGGUCUAAUUGCUAUUAUAGCUGGGCUGUUUGCAAACCUGCUUGCUGACAACUUGGGCUUUGGUCCUGUGGCUCCUUUCGAUGCUGCUGCAUGCUUCCUUGCAAUUGGCAUGGCUAUCAUAAUGUCCUCAUGGAGUGAAAACUAUGGAGAUUCAUCUGAAAGCAAGGACUUGAUGGCUCAGUUCAAGGUUGCAGCUAAAGCAAUUGCUUCAGAUGAAAAAAUUGCGUUGCUAGGAGCCAUACAGUCGUUGUUUGAAGGCUCGAUGUACACUUUUGUCUUCUUAUGGACUCCAGCAUUGAGCCCAAACGAGGAAGACAUCCCUCAUGGCUUUAUAUUUGCUACGUUCAUGCUGUCAUCUAUGUUGGGUAGCUCCAUUGCUUCACGUCUAUUAGCCCGGAAAAUGAAGGUUGAAGGUUAUAUGCAGAUAGUGUUCUCAGUAUCAGCCGUCACCCUUUUCCUCCCCGUUGCCACCAGCAUUCUAGUGUCACCUUCUUCAGUAAAAGGAGGCGGCAUCUCAUUUGGGGGUUCUCUACAGCUGCUUGGUUUCUGUACCUUUGAAUCAUGUGUUGGCAUUUUCUGGCCAUCUAUCAUGAAAAUGAGAUCACAAUAUAUUCCUGAGGAGGCAAGAAGCACGAUCAUGAAUUUCUUCCGCAUACCACUGAACUUAUUUGUCUGUGUGGUACUGUACAAUGUGAACGCGUUCCCUAUCACCGUCAUGUUUGGCAUGUGCUCCAUCUUCCUCUUCAUCGCAGCAAUCCUGCAGAGACGUCUAAUGGUUGUUGCUGACCUACACAAACUAUCAACAAAAGCACAAGAGAUGACCGUGGAAGAUGAGCCCCUAAAUCCUUAAAAGGCCAACAGAAUCAAGAGCAAGUCAGAGACGAACAAAGACGCCAUCCGUACUCCUGAGUCUUCUUCUCCACCCGGCUACUGAAUAAGAUGGAAGUACGAAAAGCCUGGAGGAGUAGAAACCAGUUGUUUUUCAUUGUAACUUUGUUUAUCUAGUGUAGAUUGAUUAUUGGCUAAGGCACGAAAGGCGAUACAAGCAAAGCAUCUGAGUUAUAGGGCCAAGAUAAGAGAGAUUGGUGAAUUAGUUGUUAUAGGCUAUUCCUGUUGUCCAUUCAUCAGCAUGGCAUUAUCUGUGUUUCAAAUGCUAUCGAUAUAUUCAUUGAAAUUGUAUUACAUCAGAUAACAAACAUCUGAUUGGUCUACAAUGAAUUUCUGCCCUGUCUCA